UCCAAACAUUUUAGUCUUUCAUCUGCAUCUCCUUUAGAAGAAUAAUUUAAUUAAAAUUACCAAUCAAUACUACAAAUGUCCUGUAUCUCUUUAACCCUCUAUUUUUGAUCUCUGAGUUCUCUUUCCUUUUCAUUUUUUCCUUCUAGUCUGUCUGAUACCAAAUCUUUCCUUGUGCUUGAGAAUGGCAGAACCUGCUGUGAAUGCUGUUAUAGAAGUUGGAAAGUGCUUAAUUGGUCCGAUCGGGCGUCAGUUUAUGUACUUGUACAACUACAAAACCAACUUUGACGAUCUUGAAAAAGAAGCUGGAAGGCUGAACGAUGUAAGAGAUGAGGUGAAGGCUGAGGUUGUUGCUGCUGAAAAUAAUGUGGAAAAGAUCAAACAGACUGUUAAGAACUGGCAGAGGGUUGUGGAUUCCAUCAUCGAAGAAACAGACAAGUUGAUUCAAGAGAAAUCAAACAGCCGAUGUUUCAACUUGAUCACUCGCUACAAAAAUAGCAGGAAAGCAUGGAAAAAGCUGAACGCUGUAACUGCACUUCUUCGGGAUGAAGAAACAUUUGGUGGAGUUUCUCUUCCUACCACUCAUGAGGACAAUCGGCUCACUAACAAAGAUUAUGAGGAAUUUGAAUCAAGAAUGUCAAUUUUCAAUGAUGUGCUGAAGGCAUUAGGUGAUCCUGAGGUGGGAAUUAUUGGGGUUUAUGGGAUGGGUGGAAUUGGUAAAACCACACUGGUCAAAGAAGUUGGUCAACAAGCCAAGAAAAACCAGAUCUUGGAUGAGGCGGUUUUCGUAGAGGUAUCUGAUAAACCAGAUACUAAAAAGAUUCAAGAUGAACUUGCGUAUCAGUUAGGCGUGAAAUUUGAUACGGACGCUGAACGAGUGAGCAAGUUGUUUGAGAGACUGAAGAAUGGUAAAAAAGUGCUUGUAAUUUUAGAUAAUAUAUGGGAACAAUUAGAUUUGCAGGCUCUCGGUAUUCCUUGUGGAAAAGACCGUGGGGGAUGUAAAUUAUUGCUGACAGCAAGAGAUCUUAAUGUAUUAUCUAGUAUGGAUUCUAAGAAUAAUUUCUUGAUGGGCGUCUUAAGCGAAGAAGAAGCUUGGAGCUUGUUUAAGAAGAUGGCAGGUGAUAUUGUUGAUCAAACAAAUAAGCUGGGUUCUCUGCCGAAUGAAGUAUGCAACGAAUGUCAGGGUUUGCCAGUUGUCAUUACUACCAUAGCAAGAGCAUUAAGUCACAGGAGACAUCUUCCUGAAUGGGAAGAUGCCCUGCUAGAACUAAGAAAGCCUUUUCCAACAAAGUUUUCAGGUAAGCUAGAAAAAGAAUAUUUAAGGAUUGCGUUGAGUUACAAUUAUCUAAAAGGCAAUGAGCUCAAGAAAACUUUGCUAAUUUGUAGCCUAAUGGAAAAUAAUACUACCAUUUCAAACUUGCUCAAACUCAUUAUGGGUUUAGAUAUAUUAGAAAGAGGUAACCUUUCUAUGAAACAAGCACGAAAUAGGCUGGCAAGUCUUGUCUAUGAACUCAAGGAUUCUUGUUUGUUGCUUGAUGGUUCAACUAGUGAACGGUUUUCCAUGCAUGAUGUUGUUCGUUCAGUUGUCAUAAUAAUUGCAUAUAAAGAUCAUCAUGUAUUUACAGAGCGAAAUGACAUUGAGAGGGAAUUGUCAAAUAAAGAACAAUUGAAAGAAUGCACUGUAAUCUCACUAGCUGAUUGUCAUAUGAUUAGUGGGAUUUUGCCUUUGAAUUGUCCAAAACUUGAAUUUUUCAAUACAAGCAUGGACAGUCCUUUUGAAAUCUCUGAAAUUUUUUUUGUGGGGAUAAAAAACAUCAAGGUUCUACGUUUCUUUUCCUUGAAGGUAUCGUCCUUGCCAAAGUCCCUUGGUUUUCUCAUAAAUGUUCAAACGUUAUGUUUGGAUUGUGGCAAAUUUUCAGAUGCAACAAUCAUUGGAAAGUUGAAAAAACUAAAGAUUCUUAGCUUGCAAUCUUGUCAUAUUAAACAGUUGCCUGGAGAAAUAGGUAACUUGACUCAGUUACAGUUUUUAGAUUUAAGUUAUUGUGAGCAACUAGAAGUUAUUGUACCGAAUGUUAUAUCAAGCUUAUUGCGAUUGGAAGAAUUGUAUGUGAUAGGAUGCUCAAUUUUGUCAAAGGCUAGCAUACUUAAAGAGUUGAAGGGUUUGUCCAAAUUGACAACUUUAGAAAUAGAAAUUUCAGAUGAUCAAAUUUUGCAAGAAGACUUCUUCUCCAAAAAGUUUGAAAGGUACGAUAUAUCAAUUGGAAAUGGGGCUACUGGUUUUGGUGGGUCCUACAUAUCGAGUGAUGAUUGGAACAACAUGGAUGUUGAAAGUUGUUGGCUAAUUGAGCGUGAUGAUUUAAGAAUGCUGAAACUGAAUCUUAAUUCUUUCAUCUGGCACGAGGAAUUGCAGUUGUUAUCAAAUGUUGAAUUCUUAUGCGUAGACAAAUUGCAGAGUAUCAAGAAUGAUCUCUCCGAAUUAGACAAGAAGGGUUUUUCUGAAUUAAAACAUCUCUAUGUCCAUAAUAAUCCUAACAUUGUGUGCAUUGUUGACUCAACAAAGUGCAUUUCUGAUCAGGUCUUUCCACUCCUGGAGUCUCUGAUUGUUUUCAACUUGAUUAACUUGGAAAAGAUAUGCUAUGGUCCACCCUCAACAGAGUCUUUCUACCACUUAAAAUUUAUAGAAGUGAAAAGUUGUGAUAAGUUGGAAAAUAUCUUGUCAUUCUCCAAUGCUAGUAAAAGCCUUUCACAACUUCAAUUAAUUAAGGUGGAAGAUUGCAAGAAUUUGGUUGAGAUUUUUGCUGUUGAAAGUAAAAAUAGGGCAAGCAAAAAUGAAGUAAUUGAUAAGAUUGAAUUCUGUCAAUUACGCUUCCUGAAGUUGAGUGAACUUCCAAGGAUUGCAAGUUUUUACUCAAAAAUCAAUUCCGAGGAUGUGGAAAUUGAUACUGUCAUACCAUUUUUCGACGAAAAGGUUGUUUUCCGGAGUUUGGAAGCCUUAGAGAUUAAUGCAAUUAAUUUUGAGAAGAUUUGGGACGACAAACUUCCAAUGACCUCUUGUUGCUAUCAGAAUUUGGAAAGAUUGAUUGUGGAUGGCUGCCAAAAGCUAAAAUUUGUAUUUCCGUCAUCUAUAAUUGAAAGCUUUAAACAACUUCAACACCUUGAGAUAAGCUGUUGUAAGGAAUUAAAGGAGAUUGUUGCCAAAGAAGAAACAAAGGGUACUACUACAUUUAUCUUUCCAAGGGUAGUCUUUUUGAAACUUAGAAAAUUGCCCGAGCUUACAACUUUCUACCAUGGUAAACACAACUCAAAUUGGCCCAUGUUAAAGAAGUUGGAGGUGCAUAAUUGUGGCAGACUAGACAUAUUUACUUCAAAAUAUAAGGUUGUUGUCUCCAAUUUGGAGGUCUUAAAACUAUGUUCAGUCAAUUGUGAAAUACUCUGGGAUAGUCAACUUGUGGCAAUUUCUUCUUGUUAUCAAAACCUGAGAAGCUUGAUCCUGAAUGGUUGUGGAAAACUCCAAUAUGUAUUUUUAUCAUCCAUGGUGAAAAGCUUUGAGCGGCUUGAACACAUUGAGAUAUGCAAUUGUAGUGUUUUGAAGGAGAUUAUUUCAAAAGAAGUGGAAGCAAACAAGACAUUUGUAUUUCCACGAGUAACUUUCCUAAAAUUGGAGAAUUUGCCCGAAUUUGCAACUUUUUAUCCUGGAGUACACACUUCUGAAUGGCCGAUGUUAAAGAAGUUGGAGGUGUGUAAUUGUGACAAAAUAAAAAUAUUCACUUCAGAAUAUAUGAGCUUCUAUGAUAAAAAUGAGGGUCAACAUGAUAUUUGGGAGAAACAAUCCCUCUUCUUGGCUGAAAAGAUUAACCCCAAUUUGGAGAAAUUAACCCUAAGCAGAUCGGAUGACAUGAUAAAAUUGCUGCAUCAGUUUCCAGAAAAGUUUUGUAGAUGUACAAUUGAGAUCAAACAAGAUAAAUCUGCCAAUAUUUCGGUUGGCAUCCUUCAGAGAUCGGUUAAGCUGGAAAAACUCAUUCUCAGUGACUGCUCAUAUGAGGAGAUAUUUACAUGUGGAGAGGAUGAGAAACAUACAAAGAUCUUGAUACAAAUAAAAAGUUUGGAGUUGCGUGAUCUUUCUGAUGCAAAGUACCUUUGGGGAAAAGGCUCCAAACUAGACUCUCUUCUUCAAAAUCUUGAAGUUCUAGAAGUGAGAUGUUGUGAUAGAAUGAUAAAUGUUCUGCCAUCCUCAGCAUCUUUUGAGAAUCUAACAGUUUUGACUGUAUGGGGGUGUGAUGGAUUGAUGAACUUACUCACACCUUCAAUAGCAAAAAAUUUGGUCCAGUUGAGAGAAAUGACAAUUGGAAGAUGCAAAAUGAUGGCAGAAAUAGUAUCAAAUAAGACAGAAGAUGUAGCAGCAGAAGAUGAAAUUGUUUUUGGCAAACUGAAGUUGUUGUCACUUGAAGACUUACAAAAUCUCAUAUGCUUCUAUUCUGGGAAUUAUGCAUUGAAAUUCCCGUCUUUGGAAGAAUUGACUGUAGAUGAAUGUCCUAUGAUGAUGACUUUCUCUGUAGGAAACUUAAACACACCAAGUUUACAGAAAGUUAAACGUGAUAGGUGGGACGAAGGCAAAUGGAGUUGGAAGGGUGAGCUAAAUACAACUAUACAGCAACUGUACGAAGAAAAGAUUAACCCCAAUUUGGAUAAAUUAACCCUAAGCAGAGUGGAUGACAUGAUAAAAUUCCUGCAUCAGUUUCCAGAAAACUUUUGUAGAUGUACAAUCAAGAUCAAACACGAUAAAUCUGCCAAUAUUUCGGUUGGCAUCCUUCAGAGAUCGGUUAAGCUGGAAAAACUCAUACUAAGUGACUGCUUAUAUGAAGAGAUUUUUACAUGUGGAGAGGAUGAGAAACAUACGAAGAUCUUGAUACACGUAAAAAGUUUGAAGUUGCGUCGUCUUUCUGAUGCAAAGUACCUUUGGGGAAAAGGCUCCAAACUAGACUCUCUUCUUCAAAAUCUUGAAGUUCUAGAAGUAAAUUAUUGUCAUAGAAUGAUAAAUGUUCUGCCAUCCUCAGCAUCUUUUGAGAAUCUAACAGUUCUGAAUGUACAGUGGUGUUAUGGAUUGAUGAACUUACUCACACCUUCAAUAGCAAAAAAAUUGGUGCAGUUGAGAGAAAUGGGAAUUCGCUGUUGCAGAAUAAUGACAGAAAUAGUAUCAAAUAAGACAGAAGAUGUUGCAGCAGAAGAUGAAAUUGUUUUUGGCAAACUGAAGUUGUUGUCACUUGAAGACUUAGAAUAUCUUACAUGCUUCUACUCUGGGAAUUAUGCAUUGAAAUUCCCAUAUUUGGAAGAAUUGACUGUAGAUGGUUGUCCUGGGAUGAAGACUUUCUUUGCAGGAAACUUAUACACACCAAGUUUACAGAAAGUUCAAGAAGAUUGGAGCGAUAAAGACAAAUGGAGUUGGAACGGUAACCUAAAUGCCACCAUACAACAACUGUACGAAAAAGAGGUUAACUCUAAGUCAACAAAAUUGACACUAAGUGGAAAAGACAUCACACUUCUAUGGCAAGACCAGCUUCCAGAACAUCAGUUUCCUAAAGUGGAAAUUCUUGAGAUCAUUAAGGAUGAAUCAUCUAACAUUCCAAUUGGAAUCCUUCAAAAAUUUAACAAUCUUGAAAAACUUGUACUACGAUCGAGUUCAUAUAAGGAGAUAUUCUCAUGUGAAAAAGAUGAAAAAGAUGUAAGCAUGCUCACACAAAUAAAGGAACUACGGUUAUGGGGGCUUUUCAAUUUGGAGUACAUGUGGAAAGAAAAAUCUCAUCUGGACUCAAUUCUUCAAAAUCUUGAAAUGUUAGAUGUAAAGUUUUGCCACAAUUUGAUUAGUAUAGUGCCGUCUUCAGCAACUUUUGAAAAUCUCAUAACUCUAGAAGUAUGGUACUGUGAUGGAUUGAUAAACUUAGUAUCAUCUUCAACAGCCAAAAGUUUGGUGCGACUCGAAGAACUGAGAUUGUCACAAUGUAAAAUGAUGGCAGAAGUAGUGUCAAGUGAGGGGGGUACAAAAGCUAAGGAAAUUGUUUUUGACAAAUUAAAGCUGUUGUCACUUGAUAAUUUAAAAAAUCUCACAAGCUUCUGUGCUGGUAAUUACGUCUUCAAAUUUCCAGCUUUGGAAGAAUUGGUAGUUUGCGAAUGUCAUAAUAUGAAGACUUUCUUUGAAGGAGUCUUAAGUGUACCAAGUUUACGAAAAAUAAAACAGAAAUGGGAUGACAAAUUAGGAUGCUGGGAGGGUGACCUUAAUACUACUAUUCAAUUUCUACACAGAAAAAAGUGAAUAUUCAGAGUUCUGAAAGGAUACAGAGCUAACUCCAAUGAAAUCUCUUGAAUAAGGCUCUUUUGUUUGUGGUUUGUGAGGCAUUAUUGCGGCUCAAGUUUCCGGUGUUGAGGUCAGACAUGGGAGGCCUUUUGUUUCCAUCUUUAUUGUUCUGCUUCUGCUUUUUCAUUUUGCCUAUUGUGGUUCUUUGCAUUUAUAAUGUAAUAUGAAUUAUGUGUCUACAUGAAUGAAUGUCUAAAUUAUGAAAUUUGAGUCCUGAAUGGUAUGAUGAUUCUAUUUGGUGAUAUUGUUUUUGUCAAUAGUUGUUAACAACAGACUCACAAAAGUUUUUAUAAUGUGUUUUCAUUGUUGCAAAAGUUGUUGAGCAUGUGGUUUCAAGAUUUCAUAAUGUUCUUCAUAGCUUAUAAAUAAUUAAUUCUUUUUCACACGCAAGAGAUAUAUAUAAAAACAUAGAAUUUAAAUUUUAUAAGCUAUUCGUCAGUUUGAAACAGUUUUCUGAAUUUGAGAAUUGACGGUUGGCCUUUCUGGUUUUAUUACAUGUACUUCUAAGCAGAGUUUCAAACUAUAUCAUUAGAUCUAUCGAAGUGUAAACUUCAACUUGUUUCAUAAACCUUUCCCUAUUGCAAGCUCAGAUUUAGGAGGGUGUGGUAAUGGGUACAAAAAAGCCUGAGAUCACCUUGUUGAAUCUUGGGUCCUCUUAAGUCUUUUCAUUGUUCUUCUGCAAAAAUUGGUUUCCAACUUAUUUCUUGCUUUUGUUUUAUUUAUGAAGCAAUUCUGGAAUCAUCCUUUCUGUUGCAAAACUCUCUCCUGCAAAAAUACUGCAAGUUUCCUUGCGUUGAUCUAUUGGAACUUGCAAAGGCAUUUCUGCCCAAGGUCAAAUAACAGAGCCAUGUUCUAAAUCAAUUUCAAUUGAUAUUUAUGUUUAUCUUGUGCAGCUUCUGGUUUCAGGUGUUCUGCUCCAGAAUAGAUUGUGGAUCCCCUGCUUCCUUGAUUCCCUGUAUUGUCCUGUCUUUCCAGAACCAACUUCUGCAAUUGCUUACCUGCUGUGCUUGUCAUGGGAUUACGGCUUUUGCAGGUUUCUUCUGCAGGAUCCAAUCCCAGAUUUUUUCUACUUCUCUGCCCAGAUUUUCUGUCCUACUCUCCUGCUUUCUCUGGUCGACUGUAGCAGCUCAAUGUUUCUGCUUCCUGGUUUUCACUGCAAUAGAAUCCUGCCUUCCUUCUAAUGCAGUCUGUUCCAGAUUUUAUUCUUCUCCAGUGCUGCAGUCUGUUUGACUGAAUUUAUUCUUCUACUGGCUUCCUUAUACUGGUUGCUGGGUUCUGCUAUGGAGAUUUAUUUUUGCUGUGUUCCUCUUGAGCUGUUUUUUACUGGAGCUGAAGUCUGCACAGGAAAGCUGUCUGUGCGGUUCUCGGAAGAAGCAAGCACUACCAGUCUGCCUGCUACUUUGCCUUUCCUGAUUGUGCAGCAGUGCAGCCAUUUGGGCGAAAUCGUGCCAAUGCCCAAGCUGCCCAGGAAUAGCAGCAUUGGUCACCUCAUCCUUGCAGUUCUAGUUUUUUUCCCGGGUGCAACAAUUAUGCUUGUUACUGUUGUAUUAACUGAUUAUAAAUUUAUAAUCCAUGUUUCUUCUUGGGAAUACUGCUGGAUUACUUGAAUUUCUUUUCUAUUCAUGUAUAUAUAUCUACAAGAGCCAUUUGAUAGUGCAUUCAAAAAUCUUGUGCCCUUAAUCUAUAACCAAAUAUUUUGGUAAUUUUUGUAUUUA